CUUAAAAUCACUGAAAAUGAUUUCUUGUGAAUUAAUAACUGAUUGGUCAGUUGUUUAGUUUGAUUAAGCUCGGUUUCCAUACAGUCGCUACAUUGUCGCUACAGUGUUCUCAGCGCUAUCGUUACUGCGUAGCAGUCCCUGACGAUUCAAUUGGCCAAUCAGCAUCACCGAAAGCUGUUGGUGAUAGCGUGUAGCGAUGGUAUGGAAACCACUAACGAGACCUCAUAUUUUUCACGGGUUCAAAUAAAGCUACAAAUAAUAUGUAGUAUUGAGCCAAGCAGAUUUUACUUCUUCGCCUCUUCCCCAUGGAAUAGUACCAUAGGCCUAAUAACAAUAUAAAAAUGACAAUGCAAUAUUUUAAUGUGCUAAAUUAUAUAACUAUCUCAUGCACAUGUUACCAUGGGCUUUUUUUUUUAUAACACUAACAAAUUUCAAAAAAAGUAAUUUUCGAAUUAAUUUACAUGGUACAUAAACAUGACACACAAAAGCAAUCAGAAACAAUUACAAUAAACUAUACCAUGGGCUUUUUUUUUAUAACACUAACAAAUUUCAAAAAAAGUAAUUUUCGAAUUAAUUUACAUGGUACAUAAACAUGACACACAAAAGCAAUCAGAAACAAUUACAAUAAACUAUUCGAAAUGCGAUUUUUAAAAAGGCAGAGCUGCUAAAAGGAAAUAGGUUCAGAAAUACUGUAAUAUAACACCCAAGGUCUAAAAUGUAAAAUAAAAAAAAAUAAAAAAACUGUUAACAGAUGAAAUUCAUGUGUCAACUGGUAAGUUUUAAGUUGACUUAACAUAGGCUCUGUCCAGACUAUCAAAUUACUAUCAGUAGUCAUGAUAUGCCUAUAUAUGGUAAUGAUGCGAUGUGUCAUCUUGACCAUAUUUAGGCACGUCACAUGUUUAAAAAAAAGGAUAGUGCUGUAACAAAUUUAGUCAUAUAUCAUAAUGCAUUCUUUACUCUAAAAUAUAAUGUACAUAUUAUUUUAUAGUGUGUGGAAUCUUGAACUCAAAAGAAUACCUAGAAAGCAUCAAAGAUGAAAACACAGGGUAUAUUGUGAAUGGUGAAACAUCGAUAAAUGGUUCGGCACCAUGGAUGGUACGUCUUUUUCACAGGAAAGCAAAGAAAUUCUUCUGCGGUGGAAGCAUACUAAAUUACGAAUGGAUUCUCACAGCUGCACAUUGCUUAGCCGACAAAAAACACUUACGAAUAAGUAGUAGAAACGAUUUCGUUGUGUGGGUUGGUGAUUACGAUAGUUUGAUCAUCGGACGAGACGAAGAGAAAUUCGAAGUACAAGAAUAUAGACUCCAUCAACAGUUUUCUGCUUCAACAUUUGAUAACGACAUUGCACUUAUCAGGAUUACGAGAAAAAUUCGGAAAUUCACCGAAUACGUGAAGCCUGUUUGUCUGCCAAAUAAGGCCCUUGUUAAAAAGAUUUCUAAGCCAGGAAAACUUGUUCGUGCUAUGGGAUGGGGGAGACUGGAAGGAGCUGUAGUCAGGUUUCCGAGGUAUUUGCAAGAAAUCACAAUACCUCUUGUAGGAACAAAGACAUGUACAAAUGCUACCGAAUUUCCAGUAACAAAAAACAUGAUAUGCGCAGGUUACGCCAACGGGAUACAAGAUACCUGUAACGGGGAUAGUGGGGGUCCACUUGUCUAUGAGAAAAAUGGUCGUUGGCAGCAGUUGGGUAUUGUUAGUUGGGGAAACAAAAACUGCGGGACCAUCGGGAAUUAUGGUUACUACACGAAGCUUAUCAAAUAUAAAGAUUGGAUCAACAGUUACGUCACUGGCGUCUAUUGAAACGGAAUUCUCAAUUUCGUCAUGCUUCUGCAAAUGCACGCAAUUUCAUGUAGGGCAUAUUUUAAAGUUUAUUUCCUUUCUUGAUAUUUCGUUCCUAUUCAUAAUGACUGUUUCGCUAAGCCCGCUCUUUGAGUAUAUUUCCCACAGAAUAAGUGUAAACGUACGUAAACAUGUGUGUUUAUGGGAUGCGCAAUUUCUAGUCUACUUCUGUGCUGUAAUAUUCUUACUUAUUCUAACACAUGUAUGCCUCUAUCAUUAAGAGUAUUUACAGUUAUGAUUCUAAAA